AUGGGUGAGGGCGGCAGGGGCCCAAGUGUGAGUGACGGAUGCCGACAACCGGGUCUGCCAUCGCACCACAAAAUGCAGGCAUUUGUUAUGCUGUGCAUUUCGAUAACGCCCGCCAGAAUCCAAUAUGACCCCCAUGCUGGUCCAGUGCAUUUACCACUUGACCCGUCUGGGGACCCAGCAUUGUUAGAUAAAGACAGCGUUAACGCUUUGCCUUAUAAGACCAAGGAUUUUAAGGAAGUGUCCACAGUAAGACAGUCGGGGAUUGCCAACGUUCGUAAACAGUUAUAGUAGAGCAUUGAUUUUAGAACAAGUUUAACUUUAGUGCGGCGCUCUAAUUCACUGUAGGAUGUGCUUAGACUUCCUACUGAGCUGCGGACUUACCUGAGAGAGACACUCCAGUAAAACAUGAGAAACCUCUUGGGAACGAUAUACAGUUAAUUGCGAAAAAAUCGCAUGUCUCCUGCCUCAAAAAUGCACUGCCCCGGCUCAAUUCUGCACACAGUCUAAACUACGCAUUCUUCUCGAAGGCUCUUUCUACUCAGAUGUGCAAUCUUUUUGGCGAAUUAUUUAAAUAAAAAUUCCGAAACCUUUAAAUACUGUGCACUUUUGUGAAUUUGUAGCUUGUAGUUUCUCUCGAAGAUAAGAUUGUUGGACGUGUUCACGCUUAAGGCUUCCUUGCGAAAAACUUCUUACUGUUUAGAAAUCCUCUGAGGGAUGGCGCAAUUUGCCUCGCUUGUCGUCCACUCUGGGGCUAGGGGGUAUAGGAUUGGGGGGGGAGAUUUAUGGAGGCAAAUGCCUGCAUGAUAGAAUGAAAAAACGCGUACAAUAUGACCUAGCGAGAGUUGCUAGCCGCGGAAGCCGUCAGCCUACCUUCGACAGAAUGAGGUGCAAUUCCAACCUUUUGAAAGUCGAAUUUCAGCAGGGAGAUUAUUUUGUCACUUUGCGGACAGCUGUCGUGUCCACAUCAGCGUGACUGUACACCAGGGAGAAGGGGAGAGGGUGCGGACGGCCAGAGGAUAUGUGGGAAUUCGCCCAGGUGUGUGCGUUGGCUAAGAGUGUCUUCUAAUGAACUUGACAGACAGGACUGGCUGCUUAGUCGCGCGCUCGGCUAACCAUUAAAGAAAUGCGCAAUGCACAAUGAACGUUAGUUCUAAGCUGGUGAGCAUUAUGCUUGCGAAUUAGCAGCUAUUGAAUGUCAUGCGCCAAAUUCCGGUCCCAAGGAUUUAAUCGAAAUUUUGAGAAGCUUUAAUGAUACAAAAUUCGGCACUAUACUGUUCUGACAGGAAGGAGUGUCCCGCGCUGACAGUGCGUUUAGUAAAGGACUGAUAGAUACCUCGCCAUACGACACACUGCUGUCAUAGUAAAGCAAGCGAUGCAUGCGACAGACGCACAGAUCGCCCAUGAAAGCGUCCAUGAAAGCCAUAUUACUUUCGGGAAAUAACCAUACUUCACUGGAUGGCGUAGUUUUAUUUAUAAAUUACUAUUAUCUGUUAGGCCAGAAAUAACGCAUUUUAUCGAAAACUAUCAAACCAAAUACAACUUUGAGAUGAGUCAUUUAUUUAGGGUGUAAAAUAAUUGAUAGCAAAAAAAUGAACAGACACAGCGUCUCAGUCCUCUGUUGAUGGUCUUUUCGCUUGUAUAUCGGGCCGAUGUAAAACCGGCUAACUUGUCUACGAUGGGCUGAUCUAUAAAAUCGUAAUGCACAAAAUCCACCAUUCGGUGCAUUGAGCAUUUUAUUUUGACGAAUGAAAAGAGAUUUUUUAUGUGAUUGAGGCCGGCGCUAUUAGCAGAAAUAAAAUGAUUCCCUAGAAAGAGGUUUUCCGCGACCUAAAUCAAUUUGCAAGAAAAGAAUAAAAAAACCAAACGUGUACUGUACUCAUCACUCAAAUUUCUAUCAAGAUAUUUCAUGAGUUAAUUCGUCUACUUUAGUAAGUUUUGCUUUUGCAACUGCAAAGUGGGCAAAUGAUACCAUAUUGCACCAAGGCAUUGUAGUAAAAUGCCGAAAAAGCGCUUCUAAAGACCCAGGAGUUAAAGAGGUAUUACAAGAUUUAAGGGCUAGGGGCUGCUUUGGAAGUCUCCGGUUCUUGGUCCUAAAAGAGUGCUACAUCAAGAUACAGGGAAGAAUUGGAUAAAAUUAUCCUGAAAAACACAGACACUGACUAGGAAUUUUAGCCAAAAAUCACAAGGUAUAGUUAUUCAAGGAAGUUUGAAAGCAUCUUUUCAGUUUUUGUCUUAGCAGGUAUUUGACUUUACACCGUAAGUUUGACUCCCUUUUGCUCAAGGGGACUCCAGCGUACGGACCGGCUAAAUGGCUGUUCCGGCUUCUCAAGCUCCUGGCCGCUGAGGCAGCCACCACGGUCUCUUCGUCAACACAAAUCCUGGAGAAACACAAAGGGGUUAGCCUCCAUCAAAAUGAGGUCGUGGUAUCUUUUGAUGUUACAUCCAUUUUAACUUCUGUCCCUCAGUACCUGGCAAUCGAGACAAUCGAGCUGCAACUACAACGUAAAUACGAUGAAACGGAGAAUCGUCUUGGACACGCCCAAAACCUUCAGCUCCUGAAGCUCUGUCUCAGGACGUACUUCACUCUCGACGGGACAAUCUACAAACAGGUGAAGGGCACACCGAUGGGUUCGCCGAGUUCGGGAUUCAUCGCCGAGGCGGUCCUGCAACGGUUAGAGUCGCUGGUCUUUCAACACAACAGACCGAAGUCCUGGGUCCGGUAUGUGGAUGAUACCUUCGCCGUCAUCGAACGGGAUCAGGUGCUGACAUUCACUGAACAUCUCAACGCCGUCUUCUCGGACAUAAAAUUUACGAUGUAG